GGACUUUCGUAAACUAAAAAGACACAUUCUAAAAAUUUGUUUUUAUUAAGAUCAUUAAUUAGUGUAUAGUGAUAAGAAUCUCUAUAUUAACAGAAAUAAAACAUAAGAAUCAUAGAAUUUGUGUAAUGCUGAACAAUGUUUUGAGUACGUACUGCUGUUGGAAAGAAAGGACGGCAGACUAAACAGUGCAGUGUCAAACGUACUUAUUAAUUAGUUUCCUUUUGUAUUAUUAUUAACAAAUGGAUGAACAGGAAGAAAUUCUACAAAAUAAUAUGAUAUCUAAUUUACCUUUGCUUUUUGCAAAUGGAUACCCGACAUCAUUAGAUAAAAUAUCUGAAUCUCAAUUGGAAAGGUUUAUACCUUUCAUGGUUCAGUGUUCAUUGGGGCAUAUUAAUUUACAAGGUCAAGUGGAUUGCAGUGAGCCUGAGUGGUGGCCUGAAGACUUGCCAUUUAAUAUUCCUUUUAAUAAACCCAAAAAGUUUAAUGGAAACUGGAUACAAAAAUUAAAAGAAGUUGUCUUAAUAUGCUACCAGUUCCAUAAAAGCGUGUUUUUAUUAAGAUUUUGCAACGACUUGUCUUCAUAUGAACAUGCUAGUUUAAGAUUUAUAAAUAAUUAUAAUUCAACUACAUCAUUAUUUGAUCGAAGAAGUAAUAAACUUCUUGUUACGUUUCGAAAUGAAAAUAUGUCAUAUGAUCAGCCACAAAGACUUCGUAAGUGUCUUUUUCAGCAAAAGUCAAAGACCGAACACAAUAGUCUUAAUAUACUUCAACAGAUGGUGGAACCGGCUCCAUUUGAUAUAUAUCUUUGCGAUAACUGUGACGCGGAAUUAUAUUCUAAAGAAGCAAUAUUGGAGCAUGAAAAAACAUGUAUUGUUGAAGACGAUGACGUUAUAUUGUGUGACACUCCAGAACUGUGUGAUAAUCAGCAAAUGGAAGAUAACAACUUGGAAGACAAUAAACAACGUAUAGGAUUUUUGUUAAAUUUUAAUUUACAAUAUAAGUACAAUAAAAUAAAUUGCGAAAAUGAUAGGAGUUGCGAAAGUAAGACAAUGCCAUCAGAAAUACUGCAAAAAGAAAGUCAAUUUAUGAUAAUUGAUAAAAAAAAACGCAUAUCCAGAAGGAAUCGUGCCGUACAUUCAGUAUCGCGUUGUCCAACAAUUCCUUUAUCUUCUCCUGCUGGCCAGCUCUUAUUAAGAACAACUAAAACUAUCAUUAGUCCCGAGUAUCUGAUUGAACGGCUGGAUCGCAUUGAACGAUUUUGCCAUGCUCCUCUAGUGUUAACCUCACGAGCAAAAUUUUUGGAAAAGAAAAAUUCAGCAUUUUCUUCUCAUUGCACUUUUAAAAAACCACAGGAGUACAGUACACAUUUAUAUAUUUUCCCACGCCGGCAGUUUUCCCAAAAAAGACGAAUGGAGAAUAUUUUACUUAUUAAUUCUACUCUGUUAAGAAGAUGUCGCCCAAUUUCUGUAAGAUUAAAGAAAAUUUCCGAUCUAAAUAAUAAGCAGUGUGCAUCCUCUAGUAAUAAAUUAAAUAUAAAACUUACUCGCGACAAUUCCCGCAGUUCCAACUGGAAAAUAUCUUCAUGUCCGUCUACAGAGAUAAUAGUAGAUACAAUUGAUUUAUGUACCUCCGACGAAGAAGACAAUCAAAUUAACUUUUGUGCUUCAAGCCUUUCGUAUAUUGCUAAGAGUAGUAGUGUCGAAUCAGACAUUAACUCAAACAACAAUAAUAAUAAAUCUAGUAUAAAUCCAUUAGCAAUACAUUCAUCAAUAACGGAAAUUAGAAAACAUAUAAAUUUUUCUAUGGAAUCACCUUUAUUUAACAAUAGUUUAAAUACUUCACAUAACGGUAUUGCAAAUUACAACAGUACCUCAUGUUUAUUGCAAAUUGUUUCCAAAAAUGAGAGUAAAACAAAGGAGUUGGAAAGAAAAAACAAUAGUAUUAAUAAAUCUGUUGCCAAUAAUGAAGAUACUGGAAUACAAGUUACAAAGCCCUUUCGACCGUCUGUAUAUAUACUCUCCAAUUGCUCCACAACAACGCCUCUAACAACAACAAACCAAAAUUUAAAUACUAACAACGAUGGAGAUAUUCAAAUAAGUAAUAAAUGUAAAUCCAUAGCAAAUAACACAACAUAUGCUGCAUCGGAAAAUUGUCUAAUAUCUCAACAUAAUGUAAAUAUAGUUUCAAAUAUCGAAGAUAACUCGGUAGCAAAAACUGACCUUUCAAGUUCCAAUACACUUAUUAUACAAGAUCACGAAAAUAGAUCAUUACCAUUGCUAUUACACAAGAAUCGUAUAGUUUCAAUAGAUUUAACAUCUUGAACUAUCAACAAAUAUAUUUCUUAUUCUCAUCAUAUCCAUUUUAUUUAAGUUUAUUUUUUAUUGUCAAUAUGUAUGUAUUUAUCAAGGCCUUAUAAAUAACUUAAGUUUUUCACUGUGUAAGUUAUAUUAGAAUAUAAUUUUCCCCAAUCUUUAAAGACUAAUUUUUAAUAAUUAAACUGUGCAACAAAAAUAGUCACCUGAAUGAGCCCAACGCACAGUGGUAUGAGAAUAAAAAAAGAAAUAAA